AUGUCUUCAGUUCAUGUAGAAAAUGAAUUAAAUCAAUCGUCUUCAUCAACAUCAUCAACAACAUCAACCUCAAAACAACCUGUAUAUAAUAAUAAUAAUAAUAAUAAUCUUUUUACAAAUGCACAAACUACAAGUAGUCCAUCAGAACAUAAUCGUCAUAGACCAACUUCAACGAGUACUAUAUCAUGGGAUGAUAUGGAUCCCAAGAAAUACUAUGGAUAUAAUAUGAUAUUUUGUUUGGCUAUUGAUGGCAUGAUGUAUCCACUCGACGUUGUCCGUACUCGUCUGCAAGUACAGGGAUCGUCGAUUGUAGCACAAAACUUUCCACAUUACAACGGUACGUGGGAUGGUCUAAAGAGCAUAUCUCGUCUGGAAGGCUACAAAGGUUUCUAUAGAGGUUUUAUCAAUUGCGAAGUUGGGUAUCUAUCAUCAAAAAUGGUCUAUUUUGGUUGUUAUGAACAAUCAAAACAAUAUUUAAAGAAUAAUAACUUUGGUCAUACUUCUUCUUAUAUAUCAGGAGCAUUGGCAGAAUUAUCAUCGUUGGCCAUUUGGGUACCAUUCGAUGUGACAACACAAAAGUGUCAGAUUCAAGGUAAAACCAACAAAUAUGUCAAUGCCUAUGAAAUAUUUAAACAGUCGUACAAUGAACGUGGCGUUAGAGGACUGUACAGAGGAUUUGGUGCAACGAUCAUCCGUAACGUGCCCUACAGUGCCAUUUGGUGGGGUACCUACGAACACUCUAAAGACAUUUUACACAAGAUUGACAUUCGUGCCAAACUCGGCCUACCACAACGCAGCACCACACAGUAUCUGGCAGUGUCAGAGAAUGACCACGAGGUCGAAAAUGAGGACCCUGUAGUCCACAUGUUUGCAGGUUUCACCUCUGCCGUCAUAUCCACCGUCCUAUGUAAUCCAUUCGAUGUUAUUAAAACUCGGUUACAAACUGGGUCAUAUCAAUCUAUUAUAAAUAAUCAAACAACAACAACAACAGCCAACGUUAGCAACAAUGCAACGUCGUCGUCGUCGUCGUCGAGAUGGUCAAUCAUUCGACAUUCACAUUUCCUUCAAGUAUUUACAGAUACCAUCAAAAGAGAAGGUGUCAAAGCACUUUGGAAAGGUAUUGUUCCUUCUCUUAUCACUUCUGCUCCCUAUUCAAUGAUAUCUAUCAUUGUCUAUGAAGAACGGGUUAUGAAUUCUGGUGGCCAUUCCAAUAGAUGUUCAAGUGUGACCAUUCUAAUUUAUGUUCAAAUAUAUUAUUAUUAUUAUGACUAUACUAUUAGUUUUAAUCAAAAUCAAAUCAUCAUUGUUUAUGUUCAUUCAUUAAAGGGUUGUCUUGGUGUUAUUCUUUCAUCCUACCGUCUACUUGCUCUACAAAGAACUUGCAUUUCAAGUGGCACUGUCUACAGUGAAGAAGACUUGAUCUGCACCCCGAUAAGCCCAAGAGACCAUAAAACUAUUAUCAUAUGA